AGCUGGCGACAAGCAAUUUUUGUGCAUCUGUUCUAGCUGCAAACUGUCAGAAAUGAGCGAAAGAGCGCCUCUUCUGGGUAAUUCACCCAACGCAAUACAUCAUGCUGAGCCAUCGUUUGUCUCGUCUUUCAAAUAUGCACUGUGCUCCACAUACUUCAAUGUGUUCUUGAUCUUCGUGCCGCUUGCCAUUACGGCGUCAUUUCUGAAAUGGUCAGACACUGUGGUGUUCACUCUUAACUUUUUGGCUAUCAUGCCGCUAGCCAAACUAUUAGGAUUGGCAACCGAGGAGCUUGCACUUCGUACUGGUUCCACCGUGGGAGCUCUGUUGAACUCCACAUUCGGCAAUGCCGUGGAGCUUAUUUUAGGAUUCAUUGCCCUCAAAGAAGGUCUGAUUCGGGUCGUGCAAGCCUCGAUUCUUGGCUCCAUGCUUUCAAAUAUCUUAUUGGUGCUCGGUUUCUGUUUCUUUCUCGGAGGCAUUUAUUACCCGGAGCAAUCUUUCAAUGUCACAGCUGCACAAACUUCCUCAUCACUCUUGGCCCUAACCACGCUGGCCCUCCUUAUUCCUGCGGCAUUUAGCGCUACAUCGGCUAGUGGAGACGAACGAAUCGCUGGUAUUCUCAACCUCAGUCAUGCAACGGCUAUUUGCCUCCUGAUUAUCUACGUUUUGUUUUUGUUUUUCCAGCUCAAGACACACAAUCACUUGUAUGAAGAGGAACCCGAUGAUGAGGAACAACCCCAGACGACCCUCAUGUUUUCUAUACUAUUGCUGGUUAUGAUUGCUGCUUUAGUCUCACUUCAUGCCGAAUUCCUAGUUGGAAGCAUUGAAGGAAUUGUGGAGCGAUGGGGUAUCAAUGAGACAUUUGUCGGUAUAAUUUUGCUUCCUAUUGUUGGAAAUGCUGCAGAGCAUGUGAGCUCGGUAACAUUUGCUCUAAAGGACAAGAUGAAUCUCUGUAUAGGCAUUGCUGUAGCUUCUUCCCUUCAAAUUGGUCUCUUAGUUACUCCUCUCUUGGUCAUUGCUGGAUGGAUCAUUGGUCAACCUAUGACUCUGUUCUUUGAAAACUUUGAAACCGUCGUUUUAUUUUCCAGCGUACUCAUAGUUAAUUACCUGAUUGCCGACGGUAAAAGCAAUUGGUUGGAAGGCGCCAUGUUACUGGUUGCUUAUACUAUCAUCGCCAUUGCUUUCCUUUUCCACCCCACCAAUGAACCUGAUAUUCACUCAUAGGGUGGAUAUGGCCAUUUAAGGUUGGCAUUAUAAAUGUGUAUGUCAAUUUCUGCAAUGGAGAGCGAGUAACCGACAAAAUAAAAAUCUUUAUUGAAACCAUCCGCG